AUGCCUAGCAAGGUUCUUCAUAGCCUCACAGCCGGCUCCGUCAUGGAACGCCUUGACACUACACAUGCUAUUACCGGAACAAAUAGCCGGGUCCAGACGCCCGUUUGGGUUGAUGAAUGGUUUGACUGGAAGGACUUUACCUACGACAAUAUUAAACGCAUCUAUCACGACCAGCUGAACAGGUUGUCCAUCGGUGACAGCCACGAGUCCGAGAUCCUGGAGCACGACCGCAUAGUUUUUAAUGAGGCGUCAGUCGAUGAUUUGCUACGAAAGUUUCCCGUGUCGGUAGUCAACUGGGCCUUACACUCGGCCACAAGCCAGAACGAGACGCCGCACUUUGGUCGGGGUAGCAGGUGCCCUGCUAUACUCUGGCAACAUGCCAGAUACAUACCGGACUGGUCUGUCAUUGUAACGGAGCGGGUCAAUGUGCUCCCUGGCGAUUCUAAGAUCAGUUCCAAGUGGUGGCCUGAGAUGCUGAACAACGAGUCGUACCACGUUGAGUGGACAAAUGUUGUCUCCCAGGUGGCCACCUACAUGGCGGCAUGUUCCUCUCGAUAUGGCUUUAUCGUGACGGAUCGCGAGGUCGUCGUUCUCAGAAUUACUCGUCAGGCUGUUGGCCCCGGUCUGGCCACCAGUAGAUCACCGCGGAGAAUCACUCGGCGCAAUAUCAUGUCAGAUUCGUCGGUUGCAGCAAGCAGCAGCUCUCCACGGAUUCCAUCGAGCCAGGACUACGUUGAUGACAACCCGCUCAACUGGGACUAUUGGGUCAGCUACAAGACAAUCCACUGGCAAAAGUCCUAUCGGUCCGGCGACAAGCUCACGCCCCAGCUCGCGCUAUGGGCUCUUGCUAUGAUGGCCUCGCAUGGCGAUAAUCACAUCGACUACUCGUACCCGGGGCUCGACACGUGGCGCGCCGAGGGCCUAAAGAGGUUUGUGCACAACACGUCAGGCGAAGUCGUCACGGAGAAGAGGACAAAGAUGGUAUUCGAGGGGAGCAGCCCCUUUUCUGCCGGCGUGGGCACCGCGCAGGGGACCAAUACCGCCGCCGCCGCGGAGGACGAUAUUUAUUCUGACGACAGGCAGGGUGCCAGCGUCACGUCGCAUGUGGACAUGCACAUGCACGACGAUGGGUACGCGGAGCCGGAGCUGCCGCAACUUCGAAGUUCUGCGUUAGCCGAGACUAGCCCGUCCUUCUACGGCGAAUGGGUCGAGGUUGAAGUACGCAAGAAGGGUGACUUGUACGAGUACCGGGCUAAGGGCGCUAAGAAGGACCGCAAAUCGUCGGCCCGGGGCGACUGGGUUCAAGUGGAGGGCGGCGCCUUUGCGCUCCAAGGCAGAAAGCAUACAUACUAUACUCAAAACUUUCCUAAAUCUUAA